AUGGAGCAAUUAUCUGAUGAAGAACUUGACCAUGGUGCAGAAGAAGAUAGUGAUAAAGAAGAUCAGGAUCUGGACAAGAUGUUCGGGGCCUGGCUGGGGGAACUGGACAAGCUCACACAGAGUUUGGAUACAGACAAGCCUGUGGCACCAGUGAAGAGGUCACCUCUCCGUCAGGAAACCAAUCUUGCCAACUUCUCAUAUCGCUUCUCCAUGUACAAUUUGAAUGAAGCCCUGAAUCAGGGGGAGACUGUGGAUCUAGAUGCCCUCAUGGCUGAUCUCUGUUCCAUCGAGCAGGAGCUCAGCAGCAUUGGUUCUCAUUCAGCAAACAAUUCUGCAGUGAAACGCCUUGCCACAGAAUCCAAAGCUCAGAAACCACCUGCUAGCCGACCUUCUACUAAGCAUGGCAGCAUGAAAGGAUUCUCCUCAUCUGGUAAGGUGACUAAACCAUCACAUGCCAACGUAUCUUUGGAUGACAUCACUGCACAGUUAGAGAAGGCCUCUCUGAGCAUGGAUGAGGCAGCCCAACAGUCUGUUGCAGAAGACACCAAACCAGUAGUUACUGCUCAGCACAGGAGGACGGCAUCUGCUGGCACAGUGAGUGAUGCUGAGGUACGCUCAAUCAGUAACUCCUCCCGUUCCAGCGUAACCUCUGCAGCUUCCAGCAUGGACUCCUUGGAUAUCGAUAAGGUGACAAGACCUCAGGAACUGGACUUGACAUCACAAGGGCAACCAAUCACUGAGGUAGUGUAAUUAAUUU